AUGAUGGGUAUUACCAGAGACAGAGACGAAACCCUCACAUUCACAAUCCCUUCAUCUUCCUCUCAUUCUUCUCCCAUCACUGUUUCCGACACACUUGACAGUUACCUAGUCGACCCAAGAAGUGCUUCUGGAAGUUUCCAGAACGAGGGUCUUCUUUCCGGCGGAGAUGUAGCCGAUGCUGAGUUCGGUUUCUCGAGACCUGAUUUCCGACAGAGUUCGCUUGUUGGUACUGUUGAGUUGUACGAACGACACGUGUUUCUUUGUUAUAAGAAUCCGAGGUUUUGGCCACCCAGGAUUGAGGCUGCUGAGUUUGAUCGGUUGCCUAGGUUGCUUUAUGCUGCUGUUAAGGCGAGGAAGAAUCAUAUGAAGAAGGAGACCCGGUUGACGAUAUGCGAGGGUCACGAUGGGACUGAAACAUCUAAUGGAGAUGUGUUAAUUUUUCCUGAGAUGAUCAGAUACAGGAGAUUGACACAUUUUGAUGUUGAAACUUUUGUUGAAGAAGUUCUAGUGAAGGAUGGAGAGUGGCUACCAGGAACACCUGAAAUGUUGAAAGGUUCGUAUGUUUUUGUGUGUUCACAUGGAUCGCGUGAUCGCAGAUGUGGAGUUUGUGGACCGGUUUUGAUAAGUCGAUUUAGGGAAGAGAUAGAGUUACAUGGUCUACAAGGUAAAGUAUUUGUUAGUCCGUGCUCCCACGUUGGAGGACAUAAGUAUGCAGGAAAUGUCAUUAUAUUUGGAUCAAACGUUAAUGGAGAAGUCACUGGUCACUGGUAUGGAUAUGUUGCCCCGGAGGAUGUACCUUUAUUGCUUCAACAACAUAUCAUGAAAGGGGAGAUUAUAGACUCAUUAUGGAGGGGUCAGAUGGGUUUAUCAGAAGAUGAGCAAAUAACAAAGCAAGAACAAAGGCUUCUGCUGAAUGGCAUAGGAAAACUAGAAGAAACCUCUGCACAGAAUGGAUCUCGAGACGAUUUUGCAAGCUGCUGCCAAUCAAAUGGUGUAAGUUGCUGCCAAUCAAAUAGUGUAAGCUGCUGCCAAGAAAACGGAGACUCUUCCUUUUGCCAGAGUCAGGUGUCAGUGGAUAACAAAAUGAUCCCCGACAUCAUCGAGACUGAGGCAAAUCUUUCAGCUGAUAAUAAUAAUAAGAGCAACGGGGCAGUGAUUUCUCGGAUCAACAGCGGGAAAGGAUCUUCACGCAAGUUUCAUACUAUGACAGCUUGGCUCGACGGCUGGGAGCAAGAAGAUACUUACGCUGCUCUCGCUGUUGUAUGUGCCGCAGCAUCGGUCGCCAUUGCCUAUAACUGCUACAAGCAGCUGACAUAA